UCAUCAGCAUGCGUAGAAAGAAACGCUCCGGCGGCGUGAGUCGAUGUAACGUGACAGCGGGGACAAACGCUGGACAUAAGCAGUAGAAAGGCAUGGCGCUGGUGGGGAUUCGUGUCAUUGAGCUGGCUGGGUUGGCCCCAGCACCCUUCUGUGGCAUGGUGCUGUCCGACUUUGGGGCCAGGGUGAUCCGUGUGGACCGGACCAAGGUCGCCAUGGCGAUGGACUCACAGGCCCGUGGCAAGCAGUCGGUGGCGAUCAAUUUGAAAAAGCCGCAGGGGGUGGCCGUGCUCAGGCGUCUCUGUAUCCAGUCUGACGUGGUCAUCGAGCCAUUUCGGCAAGGGGUGAUGGAGAAGCUGGGUCUGGGUCCUCGGGAGCUGCUGCUGGAGAAUCCCCGCCUGAUCUACGCCCGCCUGACGGGCUUCGGGCAGAGCGGGCCCUGUGCCGCAUCCGCUGGCCAUGACAUCAACUUCCUGGCCAUGUCGGGCCUGCUCUCCAUGCUGGGCCGCAGCUCUGACAAGCCCUACGCGCCACUGAACCUGGUGGCGGACUUCGCUGGGGGCGGCCUGAUGUGUGCCCUGGGCAUCGUGAUGGCGCUGCUGGAACGGAGCCGCUCGGGGAAGGGCCAGGUCGUCGACGCCAGCAUGGUGGAGGGCGCCGCCUACCUGGGCUCCUUCAUGUGGAAGUCGCGGAGCCUGGGCCUGUGGAACCGGCCUCGUGGGCAGAACCUGCUGGACAGCGGGGCGCCGUUCUACGACACGUACCGCACGGCCGACGGCGAGCAUGUGGCGGUGGGGGCGCUGGAGCCUCAGUUCUACAGCCAGCUGCUGCAAGGGCUGGGAUUGGACCCCAGCACGCUACCACCCCAGAUGAGUGUCUCUGAUUGGCCGCAGUUGAGGCAGGUCUUCACGGAGAGGUUCGCUACCAAGACACGGGAGGAGUGGGUGCGAGUGUUUGAGGGGACGGACGCCUGCGUGACCCCCGUGCUCUCGCUGGACGAGGUGGACCGGCACCCCCACAACCGGGAGAGAGGCUCCUUCCUGCAGGAUAGCCAGGGUGUGGAAAGCCCGCGGCCUGCCCCGGUCCUGAGCCGCACGCCUGCCACACCCUCCCCGGGCCGCGACCCCUUCGUCGGCGAACACACCCGCGACGUCCUGCAGGAGUUUGGCUAUGGGCCAGAGGAGGUGGAGGGGCUACUGGCCGCGGGGGUGGUGGAGUGUGGCAAAGCCAGGGCUCGACUGUAGACUGGGGGUGGGGCCUGUGGCGUUGGGCGGAGCCUGUGGCGGUGGGCGGAGCCUGUGGCAUUGGGCAUUCUCAGAUGUUUCACUUAAACUUUCAACCAAACAGGACCCCCAUGCAUAAGUGUGGGUGACCCUGUUGAGGGUUCUAGGGGGAGUCGAGGAUGCUCGUCCCGAACUGAGGACUAUUCCAUGCCAUUAUGUUCCUCUUUUCCAUGGACCAGCCCAUCCCUCUGUCCUUCGGCCCCAGGCAGCCUGUUUCCGUCGCUCCCAGAAAGACUGAGCGGGUGGUCAGCUCACAGACAGACUGCACGGUGCGGCAGGGAGGGGACACACCCACUUGAUCCUAUGAUGUGUGACACGUGUGACCUCAGGGGUGAUGUGGAGGAGAGCGGAGUCUCAGCACGGGGGCACAGAGAUGUGUCUUUUUAACAGAAUAAAGUCACUUUAGACUGAAA